AUGUUGCUACCAAUUGUUAUGUUAGCGUCUGGUGUAGCAAACACCAUUUUAUCCAAGUACCAGGAUAAUCUUGCAGAGGAUGCUGGGCCAAUAAAAAGUAUGGCCAUCUUUCAAAGCUUAAACAUCUUCUUGGGAGAGGCUUGUUUAUGGUUUUAUGUGUUUUAUCGCCGCUAUUCUAGAGGAUCGGAUUAUGAGUCAUUAGAACCGUUAACUCUCAAGGAAAAGGCUGCUUUGGCAUUGCCAGCUAUAAUGGAUAUUUCUGGCUCUACAUUAAUGAAUGUCGGCUUAUUGUUUACAAGCGCCAGUAUUUAUCAAAUGACAAGAGGGUCCUUAAUUAUAUUCGUUGCUUUAUUUUCGAUCACAUUUUUGAAAAGAUACAUUGGUCGCAAUCAGUGGCUUUCUUUGGCUUUCGUAGUACUGGGUGUGACAAUUGUUGGCUAUUCUGGAUUUACAUCAAACGUUGGAUCAAAUCCAACGUUAGGUAUCUCUGCAGUACUUAUUGGCCAAGGCUUUUUAGCCGUGCAGUUUACCCUCGAAGAAUACAUCUUGUCUUACAUCCAUGUCGAUCCUCCCGAGUUGGUUGCCUAUGAAGGUACUUACGGUGUCGUUUUUGUUCUCCUUGGUAUGGCUCUUUCUUAUUAUUUUGUUGGAUCCACGGAGGCUGGACGCUAUGGUUGGUUUGACUACUCUCACGUUUUCUCGCGACUAAACGAAUCUUGUAUUCUUUACUUCAUCUCCUUCGUUAUUAUGAUCUCCAUUGCCUUUUUUAACGUAAGUGGCCUUUCCAUCACACAAAUAUACUCCGCUACUACACGUUCUCUUCUCGACAUUGGUCGCACAUUCGGUAUCUGGAUUAUUGCCUUGCUUUUUGGAAUGGAAUCAUUUCAUCUCCUGCAAUUUACUGGAUUUGUCUUACUCAUCUAUGGAAUUGCAACCUAUCACUCCAUAAUAAAGCUUCCUCUCGCCGAAGUAUAA